AUGCUGCCAGGAGCCUGGCUGUGCUGGGCCUGCCUCCUGCUCGCGGCCAGGCUCGCCCAACCCUGCCCUGUGGGGUGCGACUGCUUCAGCCGGGAGGUGUUCUGCUCCGCCGAGGAGCUGGCCGCCAUCCCGCCGGACAUCCCGCCACACGCCACAGACAUCGUCUUCGUCGAGACCUCGUUCACCACGGUGGGAGCCAGGGCCUUCGGCGGCAGCCCCAACCUGACCAAGGUGGUCUUCCUCAACACCCACCUCCGCCACUUUGGGCCGGAUGCCUUCGGGGGGCUGCCCAGGCUCCAGGACCUGGAGAUCACCGGCAGUGCCUUCUCCAACCUCAGCGCCGACAUCUUCUCCAACCUGACCUCGCUGGGCAAGUUCACCCUCAACUUCAACGUGCUGGAGGACCUGCCCGAGGACCUCUUCCACCAGAUGGACGCCCUGGAGGCCCUCCAGCUGCAGGGCAACCGGCUCCAGACCCUGCCUGGGAGGCUCUUCCAGCCUCUGAAACGUCUCAAGACCCUCAACCUCGCUCAGAACCUCCUGGUCCAGCUGCCCGAGGAGCUGUUCGACCCCCUCAGCAGCCUGCAGACCCUGAGGCUGAGCAACAACGCGCUCUCCGGCCUGCCCCAGGGUGUGUUUGGCAAACUGGGCAGCCUGCAGGAACUCUUCCUGGAUGGCAACUCCAUCGCGGAGCUGCCCUCAGAAGUGUUCUCACAGCUCUUCCGCCUGGAGAAGCUGUGGCUGCAGCGUAACGCCAUCGGGCACCUGCCCCUCUCCGUCUUCUCCUCCCUGGGCAGCCUGACCUUCCUGAACUUGCAGGGGAAUGUGCUGCGGGUGCUGCCCGCCGGCCUCUUCGCCCACACCCCAGCCCUGGUGGGCCUGUCCCUGUCCCACAACCAGCUGGAGACUGUCGCCGAGGGAGCCUUCGCCAACCUGUCCAGCCUCAGUUCCCUUACGCUCUCGCACAACGCCAUCACCCAUCUCCCGGCAGGCGUCUUCAGGGGCCUGGAGGAGCUGAUCAACCUCUACCUGGGCAGCAACAACCUGACGGCCUUGCACCCAACCCUCUUCCAGAACCUGUCCAAGCUUGAGCUGCUGAGUCUCUCCAGGAACCUCCUGACCACGCUCCCGGAGGGCAUCUUCGACACCAACUACAAUCUGUUCAAUCUUGCCCUGCACGGCAACCCCUGGCAGUGUGACUGCCACCUGGCCUACCUCUUCAGCUGGCUGCACCAGUACAGCGACCGGCUCUUCAACAUCCAGACCUACUGUGCGGGCCCUGCCUACCUGAAGGGCCAGGUGGUGCCCGCCUUGGAGCAGGAGCAGCUGGUGUGCCCUGUCACCCGGGACCACUUGGGCUUCCAGGUCCCGGGGCUGGAAGACAGGGAGCCAGGGGGCAGCUGGGAAAUGGCUGCGGAGGAAAGGGCAGCCCGGAGCCCGUGCACCUACAGCAACCCUGAGGGCACUGUGGUGCUCGCUUGUGACGAGGCCCGGUGUCGCUGGCUGAACGUCCAGCUGUCUCCCAGGCAGGGCUCGGGCUCCCCGGGACUUAUGUACAAUGCCAGUCAGGAGUGGGACUUGAAGUCGCGUUGUGGCUCUGUGAGGGUCACUGUGUCUAUUGAGGCUCGGGCAGGGGAGCCCUAGGUGCAGGCCAGAGCCAGGAGCCGGGCAGAUGGCCUCCAGGACUGAGCAGGUGAGACGUGGGGACAGAGGGGACGCUGGAGCUUUGGUUUAUCAGAUGCAAGGGACUUAUAUCUCCAAGGUGGAGGAGGUGGGGACGGCCGGCUCCGCCACCCAGAGUCUCCUCCUCCUCUUCGUCCUUCAUUACUCCGUCUCAGAGUCUGAGGCCUGACGAGGCCUUCCUUAAGCUUUGCAAAGCACCCGUUAAAGCUGCAUCAUGGUCUGGAGAAUAAAC